CUCUCUCUCUCUCCGUGUGCUUACUCUUUCUCACCGUGUGCCUCUCUCUCUCUCUCUCUCUCUCUCUCUCUCGUGUGUAUAUAUAUAGACGAUAUCAUUCAGAAGCCAUAAGAGAUUUUGUGAGACUUUUGUGUAUUGCUUUCCCAUUCAUCUGAUUUCAGAUAAGAGGGACAUCUGCAGACACUCGAAAAUAUGACGGAGCGAAUUCACCCCACCAACUCCCCACCAUCCUCCGGUGAAGCUCCACCGACAUCUUCCAGAACAUCCUCCGCGGAAGCACCACAGCCGCCACUGACAUCUCCCAGAACUGCAGGCUCCCCGGCGCCGGGGACUUACGUGAUCCAAAUCCCCAAGGACACGAUAUACCGCUACCCGCGGCCGGAGAACGCCCGCCGCUACGAGAAAAAAAUUGCCCGGCAAAAGCCGCGGCGCAGCUGCUGCCGUUGCUUCUGCUGCUGGACGCUCGGAGUCCUUGCACUCGUCGUUUUCCUCCUCGCCGCCGCGGCCGGCAUCCUCUACCUCGUCUUCCGCCCCGAGGCCCCUAAGUACUCCAUCGAAGAGAUCGCGAUCAGCGGCUUCAACCUGACGUCGCCUUCCGCGAUCUCGCCGGAAUUUGACGUCACCGUCAGAGCCGAAAACCCCAACGACAAGAUCGGGAUCUACUACGGGAAGGGAAGCUCCGUCAGUGUCUACUACUCCGACGUGAAUCUCUGUAACGGAAACUUACCGGCGUUUUACCAGCCGUCGAACAAUGUAACGGUUUUCCAGACGGCGUUAAAGGGCUCGAAGAUUUUGUUAACGAGCGCCGUGAACGCGGCAUUAGCGAGCGAGCAGAAGCAAGGGGAGGUGCCGUUCUCGAUACGCAUGAAGGUCCCCGUUAAGAUCAAGUUCGGCGCCGUUAAGACGUGGACGAUCACCGUUAAGGUCACGUGCGAGGUGGCGGUGGAUGGCUUGACGACGUCGUCGAAGAUCGUUUCUAGCGAUUGCAAAAAGAGUUUGAAAAUAUGGUAGUAGUAGUUGGGACUUGGGGGGUGGGUUGAUCCUUUCUUGGUUGUAGAGAAUUUUGCACAGAGAAAAAUAAGACUCACGGACAGUUCGAUCUCCUCUGUCCCGAAAAUUUUCGUGCCUCUAAUGUCGAGAGAUUUUUCGAUUGUUGGAUUAUGUGAUUUUUAUCCAAUAGCCGGAAAACUCCUCUGUAUAGAGAUACAGAAAUUUUCGGCAAAAAUAUCCUACGACGGUGUCGAUUAGAAUAGUUAUUGUUUAUUUUUUCCUCAGUAAAUCCUCCGUCUUUUUAGUUUGGAUUGGUUGCUGUUGAUGCAACGUUCUUUGUACAAGUUUUCAUGCAAUAUUAAAUAUAUUCUUUUGGAGUGAA